ACAUCUGGCAACGCUUGUCUUAUAUACUUGGCCCCUAUAUAUGAUAUAUAUUAUUGAAUUAAACAGUUAAUAUUGGUGCAAGUGUUUAAACAAAUGCAAAAGAAAAAGAAAAAACGAUCUGUAACUGAGGCGUGUCAGUAGGAUAAUCAUAAGUUUAUAGACUAUCAUUGAAAUUGUGUGCCGGCAAAAUCAAAGUGCUUGCACGUUGAUUUUGGCGCCAACUGAAUUCAAUGGACGAGAUUACGCCAAACGAAACUGCAGAACCGCCGGCUCAAUCGCCGACGCCGCGUAAACGUCUCGGUCGGCCACCGAAGGCCCACCCACAACCGACUGACACAAAUGUGGGAGCCGAGGCAACAGCUGAGGAUAUGGCGACGACGGAGACCUCGGCGGAACGUGUGCUUACAGUGUCGCCGACAUUGAGCGAGUGCCGACGCAGCUCCCGCAAAAAAAUCAUUAAAUUCGAUGUGCGCGAUUUGCUCAAUAAAAACCGAAAGACACACAAAACACAAAUUGAAGCGCGCAUUAAUUCUAAAGCACUGCCAAUUGCAAAUGAUGCAACAACCACGUCAAGCACACGUUCACUUGCCGCUCUCGAUGGCGGUCCUGCAGCAGAAGCUACAGCCACAGCAGCUGGUCAAUUGCCAUCGGAACCGCCACCGCCGCCGCUGGUUGAUAUCUUUGCCAAGCCAAAACUGACACCGAACCUGGUUAUUGACCAAGUGAACAGCGAGGAGCCGGGCUUGGCUGGUCAGCAAAAGCAAACUGAACCAACACAAGCUGGCGCUAUGCCGGCCCAACGCAAACGUGGACGUCCGCGCAAGGCACAGCCGGCGCCGGUGCCAAGGGAUGUAUGCGCGAGCGCUGCUGAAAUUAAACGCAGCAUCAGCUACUGGGAUUCGGAUACCAAUUCAGCCAACUCCACUGCCAACGCUGAGAGCGACGCCUGCUGUGAACAUAAACUAAAGCCCAAAUUCAAAUCCAAGUUACGCGUAUCACUUAAGCGCAUGAACAUGCCCGUAAGUCGGGAUUCCUCUGACUCGGGUGAGUCGUUAAAGGGCCCCUCACUGGAGUUGUCCACAUCUUCAUCAGACGUACCUGCAUUGCAGCCAAUUGAUGAACUGAACGAACCAAAGCCGUCGGUCAAUACCAAAGCGCCGGCGGAAACAAAAGUAAACAUUAAGACUGAUACAAUAAAUGUGCUGCCAGCAGAUGAAGCAGAUUCUGCUUGCCAAAUAAUAUUUGACGAAGUAGAAACGGCCAAGCCGGAAAAAGAAAAUGUAACGAAGGCGGAUGUGGAUGUGGAGCUGCCUGCUAAGGAGUUGCUUUUCCCCGAAAUAGUGGAAGAACAGCGGCCGCAGCAAAAGACAGACACAGAGACGGAGUCAAGGCCGAGUCUCUGCUCUGCCAAGCAUGUGGAGCCCGACUCGCCGAAUCGAAUAAGUAACUUGGGAGCGCAGAUAGCAGAAGAGCAAAGCAUGCAGGCCAACUGUGCUGUCUUACCAGAACCUACAAGCAAGCGGCGCAGCAAGCGUUCCAGUUUGCGUGGCAGCGCACUCACGACAAACGGCAGCAAGAUGACGCUGGAGGAAACAUUUGCCGAAAUCGCAGCGGCUAGCUCCAAGCAAAUCUUGCAGACUGAAGCAGCCGAAGAGCCGCAGAAGCUAGAUGCACCCAUUGAUCUCGUCGGAGACUGUAUCAAUAUUUGUAAUAGCAAUAGCAAUAGCGACCAGUUGGAACUGCCGUCGCAAUUGGAGGACAACUUGGAAACUAAUUGUAAAUUGGAAACACAAAAUCAAGUGUCUGACACUUCUGUCCAAUCGGACAGCACUAACAUCCAAUUGGAAAGUGCUGCCUCCGAGCAGCUGGAGGCGUUGACAGUGACUGCAACGGAGGCAGCUAAAGGUCCAAUUGAGCUGCCCGCGCAGGCGAUUGAUGAUAAGAUGAUUGCAACUGGAGAGCAGCAGCCUUCGCCAGAUCAGUCUGAAGCCGCUGAAGCAAAGGAAACCCUUACGCCAGUUUCUGCCCUUUCCAAUCCGAUUUUGCCAGCAGCAGCAACUGCCGUAGAGUCAUUAUUAAAUCCAUCAGAGGCUUCACUCAACCAGGAGCCGCCCGCACCCAAAGCGGAGCAAAUGCCAAGCGGUAGUCCCACUGCCACAGCCAAAAUCAAUGUCGCAGACAAAACCAAGCAGGAAAAAGUGAAUGACAGCCAGGUGUCUGUUGUGUCCGUGUCCAUUGUCGAGUGCGAUGCGCUGUUCAAGGCCAUGGACAAGGCCAGAGCCCAGGUGCGUCAUGAUGAGAAAACUAAAAAGAAACUCAAGCUGUGCGCCAAGAAGCAAACAUCCAAGCUGGAACCGCAGCCGAAGGGGCACAGCAACAGUAAUUCACCUACUGUGUCGUUGGCCAACGCCAAGAAGCAGCGCCUCAAGAAGAAUACACGUCGCAAUACCAUUUGCGAGUACCCCGCCGAGCUGGAGACUCCAGCGCUUUUGACCAGGCGACGCAACUCGCAGCAUCCGCACAAGACAUCCCAGAGUCCAGACAACGCGACGCGUGCCAACGAGCCAUAUCCCAAAGCGAAGCUUAAGAAAAUGUUACGCCAACGCUUGUCCAGCAGCCUGAUGCGUCAGAAUUCAGUGGACUCCAGUUCGAGCGCCUCGCAGUGUGCCUUCAGGCGCAAAUCGGGCAAAGUUAGCGAUGAAACUGAAUCCACCGAGUCCAACAGUAAAGUGCCCAGCUGUGGCAUACCAACGCCCAUAGCGGAGCUCGAGGCGCCCAAUCCGUUAAAGGACAUUAUCCAGUUCAUAGAAAAUGGUGUUAAGCUGCUGGAACACAAACUGGAGGAUGCACAGCAGGAGCAGCAGUUGAUAACAAAUGUGCUGCCCGAUGAUGAUUUUGCGCAGCGAGUGGCCAACAUGGAAACACCCGCAACGACGCCGUCAUCCUCGCCACAGCCCAGCAGCGUCACCGGCUGUAACGAGGAUGCAAUCGCAACUGUUGGCAGCGGCGCUGUACGGCGCUCACAUCGCAUCAAACAGAAGCCGCAGCUGCCCAAGGCGAGCGUUGGGCGCGGCGUCAGCAGCAGCAGCAGCAGCCAGACAUCCUCCGCCAUCAGCAUGGAGGAGCAGCUGGCGGAGCUGGCGCACAUCGAUGCCAUCAAUGAGCAGUUCCUGCGCCAGGAGGGACUCAAUUCGUUUCAGCUGUUGCGUGACAAUUAUUACCGUUGCGCCCGUCAGGUCAGCCAGGAGAACGCUGAAAUGCAAUGCGAUUGCUUUCUCACCGGCGACGAGGAGGCCAUGGGUCAUCUGUGCUGCGGCGCCGGCUGCAUCAAUCGCAUGCUAAUGAUUGAGUGCGGACCGUUGUGCACGAAUGGUGAACGCUGCACAAACAAACGCUUCCAGCUGCACCAGUGCUGGCCCUGCCGCGUCUUCCGCACCGAGAAGAAGGGCUGCGGCAUUACGGCCGAACUGCAGAUACCACCGGGCGAAUUCAUAAUGGAAUAUGUGGGCGAGGUCAUUGACAGCGAGGAGUUCGAGCGCCGCCAGCAUAUCUAUUCGCGCGAUCGCAAUCGCCACUAUUACUUCAUGGCGCUGCGGGGUGAGGCGAUCAUCGAUGCGACCGCCAAGGGCAACAUUUCGCGGUACAUCAACCACAGCUGUGAUCCGAAUGCGGAGACGCAAAAGUGGACGGUGAACGGGGAGCUGCGCAUUGGCUUCUUUAGCGUCAAGACAAUCAUGCCUGGCGAGGAGAUCACCUUCGACUAUCAGUAUCAGCGCUAUGGAAGGGACGCUCAGCGCUGCUAUUGCGAGGCGAGCAACUGUCGGGGCUGGAUUGGCGGUGAGCCGGACUCGGAUGAGGGUGAACAGCUGGAUGCGGAGAGCGACAGUGAGCCGGAAUACUUGGCCGAGGAGCCGGACGAAGUGGAGUCGGGACAGGGACCGGAAACCGACAAGAAGGCACACAAAACCAAAACAGCCAAGAGCAGCAAACUGAAGCCGUGCAAACCAUUGAAGGUGUCGACAGCGGCGCGCAAGAUGCGCAGGGAACAACCAAAAGCCAAGGAUCGCGAAUACAAGGCCGGACGUUGGCUACGGCCAUCCGGCGGCGGCGGUGGCGGGGGCGCCAGCAGCAGCGGUGGUGGUGACAAGUCUGCCGCACGUAAGCUCGAAAAGGUCGAGGAUCCGGAUGUGCUCGAGCAGCUGCUGCUGCUUAAUCGCAGCGGCCUCAAGAAUCAAGUGGACACGCUGCGCUUCUCCCGUUGCAUGGUGCGCGCCAAGCUGCUGCAGACACGCCUCCAGCUGCUGGGCGUGCUGACGCGCGGCGAGCUGCCCUGCCGCCGGCUCUUCCUCGACUACCAUGGCCUCCGGCUGCUGCACGCUUGGAUCAGUGAAAGCGGCAACGACAAUCAGCUGCGCCUGGCUCUGCUCGACGCUCUCGAAUCGCUGCCCAUACCAAACAGGACGAUGCUCAACGAUAGUCGUGUCUAUCAGAGCGUCCAGCUCUGGAGCACCAGCAUGCCAGAUGAGCAGCCCAAAGAACAGCAACAACAACAACCAUCCCAGUCGCAGCACGAGCUGGAAGCAGUGCGUCAACGCAUGGUGGCGUUGCUACAGAAAUGGAAUGCCCUGCCCGAAAUCUUUCGCAUACCGAAACGGGAACGCAUCGAACAAAUGAAGGAGCACGAACGCGAGGCGGAUCGUCAACAGCAGCCGCAAUACACGGCCACCGCACUGGAGGAUAGCAACAGCAACAGCGCCUCCUCGGUGCUAAACAGCGAUCGCUACAGACAGGAUCGAUUCAGGCGCGACACCACCAAUCGCUACGAGAAGCCCAAGCAGCCAACACGGAUGUGCGGCAACAAUACCAUCUGCAGCCAAUCCGCACAGCCCAAGGAGCGCAAUGCGGGCAACGCAGAAGGUGGCGCCGGUAUCAGUGGCAGCGCUGCUGGCAAUGCCAAUGCCAAUUGCUUUAAUGGCAUCAGCAAAUGUGAUCCACGACGGCGAUCCGAACCGGCGGCAGCCAGCGAUUAUGACACACGCCGCACCAUAUCCAAGAAGCUGCGGCGUUCCCUAUUCGAGCGAAAGGUGGCCCAAGAUGAGGCGGAGAAGCGCGUUUGCAGCGUGGAUUGGCGGGAGCAUGAGCUGCGCUGUGAAUUCUUUGGCGCUGAUCUGAAAACCGAUCCCAAGCAGCUGCCCUUCUAUCAGAAUACGGAGACCAACGAGUGGUUCAACAGUGAUGAUGCGCCGGUUAAAGCGCCGCAGCGCUGCGGCAAUGCCAACUCUAGCGGCGCUUCCAGUGAGCCGCACUCGCCGGAGAGCAACGGCGAUGGCCUGGAGUAUAGGCUGCCCGGCUGCGUAGAGCCGUUGCCGCCUUCCUGGCACUGGAGUGUUACGGCCGACGGUGAUAUCUAUUAUUAUAAUCUGCGGGAUCGCAUCUCACAGUGGGAGCCACCAAAUGCGCAGCAGCGCCUGCAACAGUUGAUCGACGAUUCGCCUGGGCCGGAGCUGACAACCGGACAAGCGGAGCACACGGCCGACGAGCUGGUGAAGAUUGAUGUCGACUAUGUGGGCAGCCUCAGUAACAAAUCGCUGGCGCAGUACAUCGAGGCGAAGGUGCGCGAGCGACGCGAAUUGCGACGCAAUCGUCUUGUCUCGGUCUGUGUGAUCAGUCCCCGACGCGAAGAGGAUCGCAUCUACAAUCAGCUGGAGGCGCGCAGGUACAAGGAGAACAAGGAGAAAAUACGCCGCCGCAAGGAGCUAUUUCGCUGUAACCAAAACGAGACCAACAACAAGGACAAAUCCAGCGACAUGCUGCCCAUUCAGGGCUAUUUGUACUCUUCCGAUGAGGAGGUUGACGCGGAUGCCGCCAACAUAGCUGUGCCCGGCUGUGCUGCUCUGCCGUUGCUCGAUGUCAUUGUUGAUGGCGUCAAGGCUACGCAUGUGGACGAGCUGGAGGCACUGAAUCGCAGCCGAAACCACAACAACCACAACAGCAACAUUGCCAAAAUAAGCACGUGUCACGUGGAGCCAUGCAGCAGCAGCAGCAAAUCGGCGCUAGCUGCGCUCGACAUUCAGCUGCCAUCAAUGCCGCUGUCCAUGUUGGGUGAGUUGGCAGGUGAUGCCCUGGCUAAGCCAAAGCGCAAGCUGCCCAUGCCGCCACAACUGCCCGAGUGCCAGAAGAAGCAUCGUGUUGACCGUGAAAAGAAGCGUAAAACGCCACUGAGCAGCACUUCCAGCGGACGUGAGGCCUGUGAAAAGUUUCGCUUUGAGAUAAGCGGCCAUGUGGCCGAGUUCUUGCGUCCGUAUCGCAAAGAUACCUGCCAUCUGGGCCGGAUCACCAACGAUGCUGACUACAAGUUUCUAAUUAAACGGCUGAGCCACCAUAUCACGACCAAAGAGAUGCGCUACUGCGACUUGAUUGGAAAUCCAUUAGCCUGCACCGAGUCGGUGAAGCACAAGUCCUACGAAUUCAUCAAUCAAUACAUGCGCAAGAAGGGGCGCGUGUACAGGAAGCCCGCCGAUGAGACCGACUACUAAAUAACAGUAUCCGCCGUAUUCGGUCAAGCCAAUGAUCAGCAAAUGAAUCAGAUAUUUAUCAUAGUUUUGUUUUUAUUUUUGUUUCUUUUUAAUUAUUAUUAUUAAUAUUCUACCCAGUGUUUGGGUAUAAACUCAGUUUUUCAUUCUCAUUUUUAUCAGUUUAUUCGUGGCAAUUUGACAAAAAUAAUGCAAAAAAAAAAUACCUACGUUAACAAAUUUCCUCGUUGCUCAAAAUGCAUGAAAUAAAAACAUCUAUUUUAAAA